GAUAGAGCGCCUCGUGACUGGUUAACCCGGAAGCAUCUGUCCAAUGACAGAACAGGAAAGGAAGCGCGCGUGCGGGCUUGAAUUUCGGCUCGCGGAAACUAGUGGCAGUAUUGAUUAUAUAUUUUUAAGUUUUGUUUUUUUGUUUUAAAUGUCCAAGGGGAGACCUGCCGCUGCUAACGGACUGUCAAACGGGCUCAGUACUGUUUGCGACUAGCAGGAUAGAGACGCAUGGAGAAGAUAUGCAGGGACCUGGAGGGUACAGUGCAGCUGCUGGCCGUGUCGCAGAGCCGCUUCGCGUCGCAGUGGGAUGCCGCUGCCCUGCACCGGGCUUUCCGAUGGGCCCGCUACUGCCAAGAACUGCACGCCAGGUUUCACGCCGAUACGGAAGCCAGGCGAACACUGGAAAGUGUCCUGGGGCUCGCCAGUGCGCGGCUCGGGGGCGUGUUUGGGCAAUGCCGGGACCUGGAGUUUGCAGACCUGGCCCGAUGUGAAUUCCUGCUCUGUUCGAACCUCAUGCAGAACCCUGCUGUCCACCAGUCAGCGAUCAGGCUCCUCCUGGACAGCAACGGACCCGCCUUUCCAUACCUUGAGGAGCUCAUCGGUUAUAAAGCUGCGACCAGGCUGCUCUCCCACGCCUGGGAAUCAGACCAGGGGUUUCACGACCCCGCCAUAGCCACACAGGGCCGCAUACUUCGGGGGCGUUUGGACGACUUGAUGUUGCAUCACGACUCUGUGAGGCGAUCGGUGGACUUGCUGGAUUCCAUUCUACAAGAAUGUGAAGGUGAGAGGCGCCAGGUAGCUUACAUCCUGGCAGCAGCUCUUCUGUCCAGCAAAGGUAAAGGAGACGACGGGAGAGCGCAGGAGGUGAUUGCAGACUGGCUACAGCGCAACCGAGACCUCCUGCAGACUUUUUGCCGGGUCCUGCCGGUUUCUUCGAUCACACAGGCCGCCAGAGUUUCUACCACGUUCAGGGAAGCCUAUCGAGAUGUUCUGAAAAGUUGGGCUCACACUCUCAGAUACGACAUAAAUGAAGGGCAGUGGGUCCAGACCAGUGAACAGGCAGUGUCGUUCGGGGACCUGGUUGAUCGUUUCCGGUCCCUGCUGUGUGCCAGUCCAUCAUUAAGGAAAGAAACUGAGAAGGUACUGAUGGAAAUGAAGGCAGCUGAUGGAGAUUUCGAGGUUAGAGGUCUGAGCGUCAGUAGUGAUGUCCUCACAGAACUGAAACAUAAUGCUAUAUAGAAUUCCUAAUGUCUGUGUUACAUACAUGUCAAUAAAAGCAAUAUUAUAUUUGCCGUGUAGGCUGAAUGAUAUGCUGAACUGUACUUUCCCCCAUAAAGGUUCGUAAGGCCUUCAAGGGAGUAAGAUCAAAUGAUUGUAGAUGGUUGUGCAUUUCAGAGUCAAACAGUACGUGUCCUUCUGAGGCAGAACUGUCAGGAAUGUUCCACUGUUUACUAAUGUGAUCCAUGUUCACCAGAAAUUUCAUGAAGGCACCUCCAAAGGUUCCCUGUACGUUCUACCUGGGACACAGAUCUCAGGUUCCACCUACUGCUGAACCAGAAAUUUCACUGACGUACAAACAAUUAAUAAAAGUACACUUUCUCAGACUAAACUUCAUAAAAUAAUCCCUCCCCAGGAGUUAUAAGCCAUUAUAUAACAAGUAGAACUACACCCCCUUAUCCGCCACAGAAUUGCUGUUGUACAAAGUAGCAGAUCGACACAAAGCUUAUGAAUUAAUAUGCAAAUAAUAUAUUUAAGGGGUUUGUAUCAUCACACUUUGCCUAGACAUAAGGCUUCCUGUAGAUAAUAGCCGCUGUACUAGAACAGUCAAUGCAGUAGGAAAAUAAAUCAACAAAUCUGCAGCUUGUCACCGGCAGUGUGGAAUAAAAUAUCAAUGAAUAGUAAUGUGGAUGAGAUGGAGGAUCUGUGCAUAUAGCUAAAAUGCACAGAUGCUGUGUGAGUGCAUUAAGUGUGAAGCAGGAAGCCAACCCAAGCACAGGCUACAAUUCAUAAUGGCUGCAUCACAUGGUAUAAAUGGAAGAGCCCACCUCCCCAGCAAGUCCCUUAGAUGUAUUGUUCCCCCUCCCCCCCCUCAGCAGUUUUGUCUGUUUCUGGAAUGCAAGUCCAGCCCAUGCAGGUGUGCAGCGGUAUCGUUUUGUAACAUGGUUUCUAAGUCAUGUUCUUCUGUCCUGCUUAAGCACACAAGAGCACAACCUUUAUUUUUGGUCCAACAGCUCAAACAAUGAAAUCUAAUGAAAUCAGAUUUUCUUUCACCUUAAUUUACAUAUACAUAGCUUCUAAGCAGAAAUGUGUGCUCCAAUUUUCAAAGAUAAUGAAUAAUAAAAUAUUUAUGAUGGAUAAA